AUGGUUCUUGACAUUUUGAAAAACGGUGGAAAUUCAGUAGACGCAGCAAUAGGUACAUUGUUGUGUGACAGUGUUGUAUGUCCUGAUUUAACGGGCAUCGGUGGAGGUUUCCUAAUGACCAUAUACAACAAGACUACAAACACAUCGUUAUUUAUAAAUGCUCUAGAAACUGCUCCAAGUGCCGCCAAUUACACUAUGUAUGACAACGAUCCAUCGAAAUCAUUAACYGGAGCAUUGGCGAUCGCGAUCCCCGGUAUGAUCCGAGGCAUUUGGGUAUCAUACAAUUUAUACGGAGGAGGAGUUUCUUGGGCUUCUCUGAUCAAACCAACAAUACAGCUAUGCGAAGAAGGAAUCGUUGUAAAUAAACGUUUAGGGGCCAAUAUUAAUGCAGCGAGGGAUCUUAUUUUUAAAACUGGAUUGAAGAAAUAUUUUUUCAAUAAUAAAACGGGGAAUUUAAUGAAGCCAGGUGAUAUUUAUACAAUGCCAAUACUGGGUCAAACUUUACGAGUUAUAGCAAACAAGGGUGCAAAUGCUAUAUACGAUGGCGCACUAACGCAAAAAUUGGCCAAUGAUAUACAGAGUGCAGGCGGAAUUAUAACAGAAAAAGACUUCAACGAUUACUCUGUUCUUGUAGAAGAGAGUUUUGAAAUAAGUCUUAAAAAUGGUUACAAAUUAUAUUCGGGCUUACCAGCUGGUUCUGGUAUUAUAUUAGCUUAUAUUCUUCGAGCGUUAGACGGACAGUUACCUACGCCCAAUGCCGAUUUGGACGCUGUCCGAUUGGUAGAAACUUUCAAAUUUGCAUAUGGUGAAAGAAUUCAUUUGGGCGACCAUAUGUUUGUAGACACAUCUGAAAUUUUGAAAAAAGUGACCUCAGAUAUGUACAUGAAUAGUGUACAAAACAGCAUUUCUAAUGAAUAUACAUCGAAAGAUCCUAAGUUCUACGGAGCCGAUUUCAGUUGGUCUGAAGACCACGGAGCAGGAAACAUAGCUGUUUUAGAUUCAUUUGGAAACGCAGUGGCGGUCACCAGUACUAUAAACACUGAAUUUGGUAGCGGUUUUGUAUCAGAAAGUACGGGAAUUAUUUUUAAUAAUGAAAUGAACGACUUUUCAACUUCAGGCUCUACUAAUUUCUACGGGUUUCCACCAUCGCCGUCUAACCUUAUUCAACCUUAUAAGCGACCAAUGUCGUCUAUGUGUCCUACGGUAAUAACUGAUUCCAAAGGGAACACAGUUUUGGUUAUAGGAGGUACUGGAGGAUCAAAAAGCCCACUCGCUACAGCAUACGUAUCUGCCCUUGUCUUAUGGUAUAACAAAACACUGAAAGAAGCGAUUGAAGAACCAAGAUUAUACCAUCAGUUGAUCCCUAUGCAGGUCGAUUACGAAUACGGAGUGCUUAAGCCUGUUGUUGAAAAACUUAAAUAUGUUGGUCACAAAGUGAGAAGAAUGAUGAAAAAAGAUCAAUCGGCUGUAACUGGAAUUUUCAAGACACCUGAAGGAAUAAUAACGGCAAUGUCUGAUUUCAGACAACAAGGGAACAUAUCUGGAUAUUGA